AUGAAGUAUUUUAUUACAUUAUUAUUAGUUGCAACAUUGACAACACUGGCUUUUGUUGAGGUCAAUGCUGUAAGAUUGCCCGGAAGGACAAGGAACUAUGAACAACAGUUCAGAGAAUGGAUGGCCGACUUUGAUAAGGUCUAUGUUGAUGAUGCCGAGUACUACCGCCGUCUCUCCAACUUCAUCACCAAUCUUGGAACUAUUGCCAGAAACAACAGAAUGCACAAAGGUCGCGCCACUUUUGGAGUGAACAAGUUUGCCGAUCUCUCAAUGGAGGAGUUCAAAUCAUACUAUCUCAACUUCGAAACCGACCGAACCCCAAAGCGUGAGCCAACCAAUGUGUCCUACCCAUCAAACAUUCCAUCACAAGUUGAUUGGAGACAAAAGGGAUAUGUUACUCCUGUUAAAAACCAAGAACAAUGUGGUUCAUGUUGGGCAUUCAGUGCUGCUGAGCAGAUUGAAUCGGCUUACAUCAUGCUUGGCAAUGAGGCUCAGAUUGCUUCCGAGCAACAAAUCGUAGAUUGUGAUUCAUUCGAUGGUGGAUGUGGAGGUGGUGACACAAUGACCGCCUACAAGUAUGUCGAGACUGCCGGAGGACUGACAACCAAUGCCAGCUAUCCCUACACCGCGCAGGAUGGCACAUGUUACGCCAACAAGACCAAGAAGUUUGUAAAGGUCACCAACUACAAUUACGCUUCCAGCCAAGGUAAUGAAACCCAACUCAAGGAGGCUAUUGCUGCGCUGGGACCCCUGUCAAUAUGUGUAGAUGCCAUAUCCUGGAUGACAUACCAGUCGGGUAUCAUUACCAGUAACUGUGGCAACGACCUGGACCACUGUGUGCAGCUUGUUGGCUAUGCCAUUGAGUCUAGCGUGACUCCAAACAUCCCCUACUACAUUGUUAGAAACUCUUGGGGACUGGACUGGGGUCAGGAAGGAUACAUAUACAUUGGCGAAGGACAGAACCUAUGUGGUAUUACUGAUGAAGUGUCCUACGUAGAGGUAGAGGCUCUGGAC